AACAGGUGUGACAUUCUCUCUUGAAAAUUGAGAUGUAAAUCCAAAUGAGAUCCAGCUCAGGGGCGUGGGUGCAGUCAGCCCUAUAUUCUUAUCACAAAAAUUCCCAUCUACACAUGAAUACAAAAAAGCAAAUUUGUGUUUUUUUAAUAUAACCAUGCCGUAAAUUAAAUGUUGUAUUGAUAUAGAAUAAGAGGCAGGUUGAUUUCAUAAUAAUCUCAAUAUUUUGUGCAUAUGCAUAAAUGUAAUGUUGGUUUUGAGAAAAGUCUUAUUUUCCAUUUUUUAGAAUAAAUAUUGUAUAUUUACAGGAUGUACCUAACAUUUCUGAUGUUGAAGAAGAGCAAGGAGAAUUUGCAAGCAAGGAUGAAUAUUGGAGGAUUGAAGAUGAAGACUUUGAGCAAGAUGAAGAUGGUUGUGAUAGUGAUCAGACCAGUGUCCCUUCCAAUGCAGGAAAUACGUCGGAAGCUGAUCAGCCUCUAUACAGUGGAGCUACUAUAACCCUGGCCACAAGCAUGAUUCUGCUGAUUUCGUAUGCAAUGCGACACUCUUUGACCGGGGAAGCCAUAGCUGAUCUACUGGUCCUGAUAGACCUGCAUUGCCUCACACCAAAUCUGUGCCAGCGGAACAUGAAAACCUUCAUGGACUUCUUUAGGAACUGUAAAUCACCUUUACAGUUCCAUUACUAUUGUGAGAACUGUUUUCUGUACCAUGGAGAAGAAAAGGUGGAUAUGUGCCCAAGUUGCAGUACCAGAUCUAAGAAGAACACAACAUCGUACUUCCUGGUCAUACCUAUUGUAUCCCAGUUAUCUUCACUUUUUGCAGAUGAAGAACUGGUGAGACAAAUCAGAGAGUACAAAGCUUCUGCACGCACUGAUGACAACGUGAUCCAUGAUAUCUGUGAUGGAAAGCUGUACAAAGAGAGGUUCAGAAAGGAUGGGUAUUUUCAUGGGACAACUGAUGCUCAACUUGGAGAACUUCACAUCUCAUUGCAGAUGAACACAGAUGGAGUGUCCUUAUUCCGUUCUUCCAAUUUUUGCAUUUGGCCAAUCUAUUUCGUCAUCAAUGAACUUCCGCCACAUCAGAGGUUUUCCAGAAAGAAUCGUAUUUUUGGAGGAUUAUGGUUUGGCUACAGUAAACCAGACUUCUGCACAUUCCUACGGCCUUUUGCACAAAGUCUUCAUGACCUUUACCAGUCAGGAUUGCAAAUGGAGAAUUUGACAGUAAGGGGCCUUAUGCUGAAUGGAACAUUUGACUCUCCAGCCCGGUGCCUUUUCCAAAACAUGACACAGUUUAAUGGAUUUUAUGGCUGUCCUUAUUGCCAUGCUCCAGGAAGGACUGUGCAGACAAGUGAGAGAGGCCACACCCUUGUGUAUCCGUUCAACAUGGACUCUACAACAGGGUAUCAUGAUCUGCGAACCCAUGAUUCCUUCACCAGGAACGGAGAACAGGCACAACAAAACAAAGCAAAUGGAGGAACACAGACCAUACUCGGUGUGAAAGGACUAACAUGGUUUUCCUACCUCCCAAACUUUGAUAUCGUUCGAGGAGUAGGAGUUGAUUAUAUGCAUUGUGUCCUUCUUGGAGUCGUCAAGAUGCUGCUGAAUUUAUGGUUUGACAAGUCGCACAGGAACAGCAUUUUCAGCAUCUCCUCAAAAAUUCAGGAAGUGGACCAACGCCUUCUUAACAUCAAACCACCGAGUUUUAUCACUAGACUGCCAAGAUCUCUUACUGAUGUUUCCCAUUAUAAGGCUGCUGAAUUCAAGAACUUUCUCCUGUAUUAUGGACUGCCUUGCCUUUAUGGAAUUUUACCAGCAGAACAGUACCACCAUUUCUCCCUCCUUGUGUUUUCCACAUACAUCCUUCUACAGGAGAAGAUAUCAGCAACCAACAUCCUCCACUGUAGGCAGAUGGUAAUGGAAUUUGUGCUUAACAUUCCUGUUCUUUAUGGAGAACGAUAUUCAACAUCCAAUACACAUCUUCUGCUCCAUUUGACAGACAAAGUGAUGGACCUUGGACCAUUAUGGGCCAGCUCAUGCUUCUAUUUUGAAGACUUUAAUGGACAGCUACGACAUCUUUUCCAUGGCACCCAGCAUAUCGAAACACAGAUUGCGUUUGCUGUUGGUGUCCAUCAAAGUCUUCCAAAACUGGCCAAGUCUCUAAAGCAUGGAACAAGUGAGAAGGAUCUGUAUGUGAAAAUGAUGGAGAAAAAACCUCAGAGGACUAGUGAAUGUAUUGGAGAUGGAUUCUGUGUAGUUGGUGCAUAUAACAACAGGACAUUUGCUCCAGAUGAAGAAGCCGCAAUUUGUGAAACACUUGGAGAUUUCAAUUCAGCACUUUUCUUUAAACGUCUGUCCAUAGGACAUCAGAUUGUGCAUAGUACGGAAUACAAAUCCACGCAAAGAAGAAACAAUGCCAUUGUUAAAUACAAGGACAAUUUUGGUGAAGUGAAAACUUUUGUUAAAGUGAAUGUAAAUGAAGAGACAUGUGUUCUAGCGCUCAUCCACCCAAUGGAAAGAUCCACAGUUACAAUCCCUAACUGCCAAAGAGCUGCGAAUAGCCACUCCAUACCAUUGAGGCCACCAUCAAGAAGAUAUAUUGUAGCUGUGCCAGUGAAGGACAUUUGCGAAGUAUGUGUAUGUGUUUUGUUGAGCGAUGAACUUUGUUUUGUUUCGGCAACACCAAACAGAAUUGAGAAGGAGUGAGGAACUGUAGACUUAGCCAGAACAGUUUGACUUUCUAGUGAACUGACUGCAUUUCUUAAAAAUA